CUAGGAUGCGGGAAGUGAUAACUACACCCUCCAUUGGUUUAUACAGACUGCCUACGCAGUUUCCAAUCCCUUUAUACUCUAAUAUCUAUGGUAGGUGUGGUACACACCUACUGACACACCUACUAAUCAAUGACAUACCAUAAAUUAUUUAGUAUUAAGAUCUGAUGUACAUGUAUCAAUCAUUAGACAUUGAGCUAUACACUCUACAUGUAGGUCCUGCAUUUAUUAAAGUGAUAUAACAGCAAACUAAUUGGUUAAUAAGAAUCUAACUCCAUGGUGCAAACGUUUGAACAUUUGUUCAUUUUGGUCAAUAGAAUGUUUGAAUGCUAAAAUUUUAAAUUCGUCCAACCUCUAAUUUAAAGUAAAAAUGCCAUAUUUGGAACCGUAGAGCUGAUAUUUUUUGGCUUUUUCAAAACUCUGCUGGUCCUCUGUCAAAUCAUGUACCUCAGAGAGCAAUUGUGUCAGUUAAAGGGUGUGAGGGAGGUAUGAUUUGCAAAAUGUGUAGGUGUGAGCUUUUAUAUGAUACACUCAUUUAUGGUUUGUGGAAUUAAAUUGUGCAUUUUUGUAAUAAACAGCAAUAGCAAAAUUAAAUUUCAGUAAAUAUUUCUAGCUAUACAGUGUUUAAUUAAACAUUACUAUUCAAUACAGAGAUACAGGUACUAGUUGAUAAGAGAAUAACAUUAGCUCAAUUGAAGGAGGAGCUAGUUCCACUGAUUGGUGUACCAUCUACUGGUUUUAGACUGUAUAGAUUCAGUGGUUAUGAAGAAUAUGAAAUGGAGAGACUGGAUAAGACAUUAAAGAAUAUUAAAUCUGGAUCAAAGUUGAUAGUAAGACUGGGUAGAGCAUUAGGAAGAGCAGAGUACAGAAUUAAAUUAUAUUUAUUACAAGUUAACAAUACAGAGUUUUGUAAGUUUAUGAUGAAGCCUAUUGUUGCUAAGGAUACACCAGUGAGAGAACUUAAGAAACAAAUUAUUGAAGAAGCAAAAGUACAAGGAAUUGACUGUGUCCUUGAAUUAGACAAAAUGAGAUUACGUGACAAGAGGGGAAUUAUCCCUGAUUCAGUCUAUCUUGAUGAUGAGUCGAUUGAUACUACUAGUCAAAUGUAUGUGGAACCAUUGACAGGAACUGAGAUGAAGCAUGAAGCACAGAUACAGGUGUAUGUUAUAAGAUGGCGUCCAUCGCAAUGUUCAGUUGAUCCAAUAGAAGAAAUUAUACUGGAUAAAAUUGAUCCUAAACAUGCUAUAGGAAGAGGUAUUAUUUAUAAUAAGGAACAU